GAAAAGGAGGAGAGGGAAACGACGGGGACGGGAUUGUUGUGCACCGUUCUCAGACAUUUUCAAAUUUCUCGCUUGUUCAUCGACAUUUCACCGAUUUCCGAAGCCGCCGCCAGCGCCUGUUUCCCGGAGGAUUCGUUGUGCUCGUCGCGCUCUCGGUGAACGAUGUCCGUGGUUCCUCCCAGUCGCUCGGCCGCGGGGUGGCCGCGCGGUGGUGCCGUUCAGUUUGGGAACAAAUACAUCAGCGGGCCCGCUAAACCGCUCACACUGGAGAGGCCCAUCAAUCUAUAUCCUCUCACCAACUACACAUUUGGGACCAAAGAGCCUCUGUAUGAGAAGGACAGUUCAGUGGCGGCUCGUUUCCAGAGGAUGCGGGAAGAGUUUGAUAAAAUGGGAAUGCGGAGGACAGUGGAAGGCGUCCUCAUCGUCCACGAACACAGACUGCCUCACGUGUUGCUGCUGCAGCUCGGCACCACUUUCUUUAAACUGCCUGGUGGAGAACUGAAUCCUGCAGAGGACGAGGUGGAGGGUCUGAAACGCCUGAUGGCUGAGAUUCUGGGGCGACAGGACGGGGUGAAGCAGGACUGGGUGAUCGAUGACUGUAUUGGUAACUGGUGGCGCCCCAACUUUGAGCCUCCACAGUAUCCGUACAUUCCAGCUCACAUCACCAAACCAAAGGAGCACAAGAAACUGUUCCUGGUGCAGCUGCAAGAAAAAGCGCUGUUUGCUGUUCCCAAGAACUAUAAACUGGUUGCGGCUCCGUUGUUCGAACUGUACGACAACGCUCCUGGAUAUGGACCCAUCAUCUCCAGUCUACCCCAGCUACUGAGCAGGUUCAACUUCAUCUACAACUAACGUGCUGAAGCAGAGUGUGUGUGUGUGGCUGUCUCCGUCUGUGUGGCUGUCUCUGUCUGUGUGGCUGUCUCUGUGAGUGCAGCCCAUGACAAACAGAGGUCAAAGAGUCUUCUCUGGCUCGACGUUCACAGAGGAAAAGCUUGUCGUCAGAUUUACGGGCGUCCUGAGCGCUGUUUAUACUGUUAGAAGAAAAUGAAAGUAUCAUGUACGUUUCUCUGUUGUUGUUUUUGUAAGAAACAGCUGUUUUUUGGUAUCUGAGUCCACAAUCUGAUUUUAUGUUGUUUCACAGGAAGUCUGUGUUUGAUUAAACAAACUACAAACAUUGAGUUUCCUGUCGUUUUAACCUGUAACAAUGCCAUUUUGUUUUUUUUAAAUAAAUCAAUCCUUUCAGUGUG